GAGCAGACUGGAGAAAUUGAUGCGAUGGAAAAUUCAAUCCGAACUUCCCAUCCUGGGUUUAGCAAUGAAAAAUAUUCUCUGCUCGUUAUUGUCGGCGAACACAGUCGGCACGGCCUUGUGGAUUACGUGGUUGCGGAGAUAGAACGAGGCAUACGCUCCUGGGAUGUGGAUCUGACGGCCUGCAACCUGGACGAGCAGCUGAAGCUCUUUGUGUCGAGGCACUCAGCCGCCUUCUCCGAGGAGGUCAAAGGUCAGAGGACACUGCAGCACAGUGGAGACGUCCUGGAGACACAGGUGGUGGUGAACCCCUCCCACCUGUUUGUGUGCUCAGAGGUGCGAAGGCUUAUUUCCGACGUGUCUCGUCACAAAUUGCUGGUCCUCGCGGGACAGUGUGUGGAGGACACGGGCGACUUGGUAUUGCAGACGGGCUGCUUCUCCCUCCAUGACUUCAUACAGAUAUUUGCAGACGAAGAGAUCGGUGAGCUGCUGAGCUCAGCAGACCCCACUCAGAAAGCCAGCCUCACCCUGAGCUGCCCCAACUCUGGUGUCUGGAAGACCUCCAUGCUGGAGAAGCACAACCUGCAGGACUUCAUCGAGAUCAAGACCAACCCGCCCGCCGUGCUACCCGAGAUGGAGGGACUGCAAGAGUUCACGGAGUACCUGUCAGAAUCCCUGGAGCCACAGUCUCCUUUCGACCUGCUGGAGCCUCCCAGCACUGUGGGCUUCCUGAAGCUCUCCCGCCCUUGUUGCUACGUCUUCCCGGGCGGGAGGGGGGACUCUGCCUUCUUUGCCGUGAACGGCUUUAACAUAUUGGUCAACGGUGGCUCUGACCCGCGCUCCUGCUUCUGGAAGCUGGUGCGGCACUUGGAGCGGGUCGACUCCAUGCUGCUCACCCACGUCGGGGUCGACAACCUGCCCGGCGUGAACAGUCUGCUGCAGAGGAAAUCGGCAGAGCUGGAGGAGGAGCAGUCGGCCGGCUCCCAAAACAACGAGGACUGGAUGAAGAACCUCAUUUCCCCCGAAAUUGGAGUGGUGUUCCUCAACGCUCCGGAGAGGCUGAAGAAACUGCAGGGAGAUCCCAAAAUACUCCGGAGCCAUGAUCAGGCUGCACUCACCUUGCAGUACUUGGAAAGGCUGAUGAUCACACCGGAACCACUCCAUCGUUCCAACAGCGCUAAUAUUGAGCCCGUUAUCCUCUUCCAGAAAAUGGGAGUCGGUCGCCUAGAGAUGUAUGUCCUCAAUCCAGUCAAGGGUAGCAAGGAACACGAGGCCUUCAUGCAGAACUGGCCUGGAACUAGCUCCAACAUUAAAGGCUCAGACAUACCCUUGCCAUGCCUUGUGUCCAUCUGUGCUCUGCUUGUGUGGCAUCCAACUAGUCCUCAAGAAAAGAUCAUUAGAGUUCUUUUUCCCGGGUGUACACCCCAAGGCAAAAUCCUGGACGGGUUGGAGAAGCUAAAACACUUGGACUUUCUGAAGUACCCUGUAGUAAGCCUCCAGGAUCUUGAAACGUCCAAAUCUGACAAGCAGCCAAAACGUGCCGAGAGCAGGGAGAGCCUGAAGUCCGCACCUAGGGACUCCAGACCUGGAAGUGCUGUUGUGAAAGAGAAGUUGGGUCGUAUUGACAUCAAGAAGCAAGAUCCCAAAGGCAAAGCCAAAGUGACGAAUGACGUAGCCUCAAAAGGAGGGAAGGAAAGUGAAGACAACCCGAAAUCCAAGGAAGGUGACGUCAAACCAAAGCCCCCAAAACUUGAUAAAGUCGUACCCAAGAAAGAACCUAUUAAAGAUGACAAGAAAGAAGUCAAAAAGAAAGAAGAAAUUCCCGCAACAGGCAUUUCCAAGAAGGAGGAGAAUGGAGAGAAGAAGAAAGAACCAAUGAAGAAGGAACCUCCUUCUGCAAAAUCCAAGAAAGACACAAAGCCAGACCUGAAGAAGGAAAUUAAGAAGGAGUUGAAGGUCGAAGAGAAGAAACCGGCAAAGGCGACAGGCAAGGAUGUCAAGAAGCCCUUGACAGCAGCUGCAGCUUCAUCUGCUGGAGACCAAAAGAAAACCUCUGGAAAGAACGGGACUUUAAAGAAAGAGGCACCCUUAAAGAAAGAUGUUCUGAAUAAAGGUACGAAGCCAAAGACUGGCAAAAAGGAGCCGUCGAGCCUUAAGGCAUCGAGUGGAGCCGCUGAAGUGGAUGCCGAUCGCUCCAAGAUGUCGACGCCAGAGGACAUGACGGCAGAGUUUGAGAAGCUGAGAGAGGAGCAGGGGCAGCAGGACGGGCGGCCGGAUGAAGGGAACACCAAGACUGAGCUCAAAGCGGUGGAGAAUGAGGCAUUCGAGAAGCUGGAGGAGAGCGAUGUGAAAAACGGAGCCGGGGCGGAAGAGACGGACAUUUUAGAUAGCCCUGAGAAGUUCCGCUCCAUGGAUACGAUUGCGAAUCCCACCAAGUCCAUUGGACCGACGUCCCCUCUUGCAAAGACUCCAAAGAGUGACCGGAGUGUGAAUUUUGACCUGACGCCCACGGAGUACAGGCUGCUUGACGGUGCCUUGAAGGAUAACUUGUUGAGAAAUGGACAAGAAGAUGCAUGUGCCAGCUCCGAGGAGAAGACCCUGGAGCUGGUCUCUCCCCCAGGCUCGGGCCAAAACAGUGCUGGACACACCCCUUUUCACCAGUCCCCUGAGGAUGACUGCCUGGGCUCUGCGGAGGACAGCAGCCUUGGGGCUAAAGUGUCCAGCAUCGGAUUUGAAGACAGCCAGUUCACCGGAUCCUGUAGGAACUCGGAAUCGGGGUGCGUAAAAAGUCAUUUGGAGAACAAUUCGUCCUCCUCUCAGGACAAGCACUCCAGCUACUUGUUGCUGAGCCCCUUCAAGGACAUGCUGCCUGACGUUUCCCCGACCAUCACGACCCCGUCUUUGCCAGCGGAGGUUGGUUCCCCACAUUCCACGGAGGUUGACGAAUCUUUAUCCGUGUCUUUUGAGCAGGUGCUUCCACCUCUUUGUGAAUCUCCCAAGGAGGAGAUUAGUGAGCGUCUCUUCUCUAACGGACACUUUGUUGAGCCCGACUCCAAAGUCGGAAUGUCCCUGCCUUUGAGGACGUCCCACAAUAUUAGACCGCCGGGCGACGGAUCGGAGGGACGCCUCCCAGGACCACAGGGCCUUCUCGGUGAAGUGCCUCCCCACGACGUCGACCUUUGCCUGGUCUCGCCCUGCGAGUUCAAGCAUCACAAGUCCCCGGAGAACCAGCAACAUCAACUGUCACCAGGGUUGGCCAACCCGAGCCCACACGACCUCUCUGAAGACAGUGACCUCUCCCAGGAGCUAGCCAAACCACUGGCGCAGCGCUGCCUGGGCAACAACAGGCACUCCCCUCAAGGCCAGGAGACCCCACCUACCUCUGCCAGCGAUUCCCUUCCCACAGCUUCCGACUCGGAUGUCCCCCCCGGGACGGAGGACUGCCCGUCCAUCACCGCAGAUUGCGGCCUGGACUCCGACGAGGACUCAGCAGCCAUUUUUCCCCCUCAGCAGCCGCACGAUCUACCCAGCUCUCUCUCCUCGCUGAGAGGCACGCACUUUUCCUCUCAGGACCCUCCUCCGGCUCCCAUGAAGGACUUGCCCCCGCUGCCGCCCCAGCCCGGGGCGUGUAUGGCCGACCCCGAGGCUGAGGCGCAAGCCAAGGGGGCGAAGAGUACGACCGCGAAAGCCAAGAAGACUACUGGAGUCACCUCGAGGCCGGGCGUGAGCGGUAGCGCGGCCCCGGGCGGCAAGACCAAAGCUGGUACCCUCGGGAGUUCCUCUGGCUCCUUGAGGGCGAGCUCCAGCCUUGACACAAGACCCCCAUCUCGCAGUACCGGCGCGAGCUCCAGGACAGGCACCACUAGGCCAUCUGGCUCCUUGGGCAGUAAGGCGGGUGGAGCGCCGGUCUGUUUGGACCUGGCGUACCUCCCCUCGAGCUGUGCGGCCGCCACCGUGGACGUGGAGUUCUUCCGCCGCCUGCGCUCGUCCUGCUACAUCGUCAGCGGGGACGAGCCCCUGAAGGAGACGGUCAUGAGGCCCAUUCUCGACGCCCUCCUGGAGGGCAAGGCCGCCUGGCCCGGCGUUGAGGUGACCCUGAUCCCCACUUUCGACUCGCUCACGAUGCACGAGUGGUACCAGGAGACCCACGAGAGGCAGCGGGAGCUGGGCAUCACGGUUCUGGGGAGCAACAGCACCGUCGCCAUGCAGGAGGAGACCUUUCCUGCCUGCAAGGUGGAGUUCUGAGACGGCGGAGGAAACAGACGGAGGUCGAAGACGCAAGGAAAUCCGUCCAGCUCCCCCCCCCCCCUUCACACUCCAUCCCUCUUCGUACCACAAGUUAUGUUUUUUGGGUGAAAGCAAGUUCCAUGCCCCCCUUUCUCCGUUUUUCUCCUCCGCCCUUUCUUCCUGUUCCAGCAAGAUUCAGGACGCUUGGCGUACCAUGGGCCUGUAAGGUGGUGGGACGUCCUCUACUGCCCCCUUCAGUCACAGGGGAGGUAGUUACAGACCGCAAAAUGAUCCCCCUUUUUUUUUUGCCACUGGGAUAUCUAAUCAAAUGGGAAUCUGCUUUGGUUCCAUGAUAUUGUCAUAAUAUAGAAAAUUCUGGUUCCACUAAUAUUUAUCUAAGCUGCUCAGUUAAAAAUGUAUGAAUGCUUAGGUGGGUAUGGGGGAAGGCGCACUGUGCUGACAUUAUAUUCCCUGACAUUUUGGGCAUUCACUAAGGAGAGAGCGUGUGUCUGUGGACCCGUGACCAUUCACCCACAAUGGAGAGGCGUGCAAGAUUCAAGUUUCCUUCUCAUCAAGAUGCUCGUUUGGAGUUUGUCCAAGGACAGAGGGGACAGCAAAGGGCAGGGGGGUGUGGUGUGGUGAGGUGUAUGAAUGUCUUGCACUCUCAAGGCUUUUCAAAAAUGUCACUCCCUGAGGAUUGUCCAUCACAACAUCUUUAGCAUUCCCUGCAUGCUUUUGAUAAGACUAACGUGGGGUCAGUCUGCAGCUUAUCGUCUGGAGAAAUUGGCGGGCACAAAUACUUGCGGAAGGACAUAUGUUUCUUCUAUUUUACGUGGAAAUGCCUCCCAUCAGCUGACUGUGCACGUAGCAUGGGAGGUGCUGAGGGAGUAUUCAUGGCCUUUAAGGAUGUGUAAGUUAAGCAUGAAAUGUACAUAGUGAAGGGGUUUGGUGAAGUCGACCAUGGAAUGAUGAAGUUGUGAGCGAGUUAGACGAUGAAAUUGUGAUGAUUGUGACCCAUUGCGAUCGAGUUGUCUUCUCACAAUGUUUGCGGUUAGCUGCCACGCUGUUGAACCGGCUUGGAUGCAACAAAAUGGUAGCCGAGUUGGAGAGAACCAAUGAUGUCUGAACAUAUUUGCGGGAGAAAAAAAAAAGUGGAUUCUUGGUGUAAUGCACGGCAGUGGAUGAUGCUGAAUCUAUGGCAUCCUGGACUGAAUAUUCCUUUUCUUGUCUGUAACGGAUCACAAUUCACAGAAAAUCUCUUGCAGUGUCCAGUUCCAGCAGGUGGACCUGCUGCGUACAGUAGGCCGUCAGAAAUGUCUACGUGCUGUAUGUGGGACCACUGUGUGUUGCGUGCAUCACAUCGUCUUGUUUGUAGUGCUUGAAAUGAUUUUAUGAUAUACAUG